CGCGCCAGCUCCGCUUCCUGCGCGCGCGGGACAUGGCGCAUGCGCAGUGUCGUGUGUCCCCCCGCCAUGAGGGAGGAGGAAAGCGAGGAAGAUGGCGCUGGGGUGCCGCCAAGGGGGCCGGUGGUGCGGCCGCGCUCCCGUGGGGCGGCCCGUGCUGAGGCGGCGGCCGCCCGCCGCGCGGGUCGCGGAGGGGGUGGAGGCCGGGUCCCCGGCGCGGCCCUACGCGGCGGCCGGCGGCGAUGGGGCGGCGAGCGGGGAGGAGCUGCUCGAGGUGUGCUGGCGGCGGCACUUCCUGCGGGGCGGCGCGGAGCCGCGGCCGGCGCUGCCGUGGCGCGACUACCUCAGCGGCUGCCACCCGGGCUUCGGGCCGCUGGGCGCGGCGCUGCGGGGCAACCUGGCGGCCCAGUGGUGGGACUCGGCGCUGGCUUUCCGGGAGCAGGUGUUCGCGGUGGAUGCCCCGCUCCACGGCCCGCCCGCCGCCGGCGCUCCGCCGGCCGGGCAGGGUCUCCGGCUGCUGCACUCGGAGACGCUGCGCGAAGCCCUCCGGGGCAGGGGCUGUAGCCAGGAGCCGGGCGGUCCGUCUCUGGAAGAAGUGCUGGGGAGCGCGGCGAUGCUUCGUGAGAGCCUGCUUCCCGGUGCUUUGGCGCAAUAUGUUAGCUGCUUAGAAUUGGUGAACAAAAGACUGCCUUGUGGCCUUGCUCAAAUUGGAGUAUGCUUUCACUCCAUUCCAGAAAGUGAACAACACAACAAAAACCUUAUAAGAAUAGGCGAAAGGACCACGUCGUUGCUUGCAUGGUUUAGUUCUCCCAGAACUGCAGGACAGUGGCUCGAUUACUGGUUACGCCAGAGGCUUCAGUGGUGGAGAAAGUUUGCAGUAGGCCCAUCUAACUUCAGCAGCAGUGACUUUCAGGAUGAAGAAGGAAGAAGAGGAUUUAAUUUACAUUACAGCUUUCCUUGGGGGACGGAAACAAUAGAAACAUUGAUGAACCUUGGUGAUACUGAACUGUUACAGAUGUAUGCAGGGGAUAACUCAAAAUUGCUUGGCCGAGAUGGAAGGAAGAAUGUUAUUCCUCAUGUUCUGUCUGUGAGUGGAAAUCUGGACCGAGGAGUAUUAGCAUAUCUCUUUGAUUCUCUACAGCUAGCUGAGAAUCCAUUAACAAAGAAGAAAAAUUCACAGAGAAAGGUACUUAAGCUUCACCCUUGUUUAGCACCUGUUAAAGUGGCCUUGGAUGUAGGAAAAGGUCCAACAACAGAGCUGAGACAGGUUUGUCAAGGAUUGUUCAACGAACUGUCAGAAAAUAGAAUUUCCGUAUGGCCGGGUUAUCUUGAAACCAUGCAGGUAUCUCUGGAACAGCUUUAUACAAAGUACGAUGAGAUGAGUGUUCUCUUCAUGGUCUUGAUAACUGAUGCCACUCUAGAGAAUGGAGUGGUCCAGCUGAGAAGCAGAGACACCACCAUGAAGGAAAUGAUGCACAUUUCUAGGCUGAAGGACUUUUUAACUAAGUAUGUAACAUCAGCCAAAAAUGUGUAAACUUAAAUUCGUUGAAUAAAAGGAAUUUCUUAAACGUCUGUG